AUGCUCGCGGAGGCCCUGCCGAGCAGCCACUGCAGCCGGUCGGAGGCCGAGUGCGUGACCUGCGGCCCGCGGGCCGAGUGGUGUGGGGCGGGGGCGGGCGGCGGCGGCAGCGGCGGCCCAGCAGCCCCGGCGGGGAAGCACACAGCGGAGGCUGCUGCGGCAAAGGCGAGCUCACCAGCGGCCGUCCCUUCCGACACGUCGCCCUCGGCCGGGGGCAAGGCGGGCAAGGCUCUGAAGGCAGCGCCCGCCGCGGCCGAGGCCGCCGCCGCCCCCGGGGCCGCGGCCGGCGCGGGCGGGGCCGCGGCGGACGCCCACGGGGCCGAGGCGGAGGCGGCGGGCCGCUGCUGCCUCGCGAGCGAGGACGCCGCGGAUCCCUGCGGUUCCUGCUUCGGUUCGGCGUGGUCGGACGCCGGCGGCGCCUGCGGCUCUGCCGACGCGUGCGCGAGUUGCGGGCCGCAGGCGGCCUGGUGCCCAGGGGGCGCGACGGAGGCGACGGCCGCCGUCGACCCCGACGACGAGCCCUUCGACCCCUUCGGAGCACUGCUGACGCCCGGAGGCGCCUCGCAGGCCGCAGCCCUCCAGGGCCGCGACGGGCUCGACGCCGCCUCCGUCGCCCGCAAGUUCGGCGCCGCCGCCGGCG